AUAGUUAUUAGUCUUCCACUCGUUAUUUAUUUUCCUUUCAUCUCUUUGCUGUUGUAACACUGUUAAUUCGUUAAUUAUAUUUUCUUCUAUUUUUCCACAGGGAAUUUGAGUUCAUUAACUCAAUUAUAUUAUUUUUUCACACUUUAUCUAUAAAGAAAAUUUUUCUACUAUACAUUUAAUAUGAUACUUCGUUAUACUUAUACAUUAUAUUCAUUUUAUCCUUAUUUUCCUUACGCCUACGCCUGGCAACAUGGCAUAUCACAUGGUUGAACUUCGACAGAGUCGUCAACUAGUCAAUUUAUAAUAAUGGCUGCGCCAGUGAAAAAACGCGAUGUUCAACGAAAUUUUGAAGAUAGAAGUAGCGACGAUGAUGAUCACAAUUCAUCAAAUAGUGAGGAUAACGAGAAGGAAUCAUUGGAAGAACAAGGAAUGGAAAUUCAAGUAGAUUUUGAAGGAAGAAAUCCAUUGGAUCCAGAUUAUCAUGGCAUUAAGACCUUAUUACAACAACUUUUUUUAAAAGCUCAUAUUGAUUUAGGAGGUCUCACAGAUUUAAUUAUUUCUCAAAAUUAUGUAGGUUCAGUUGUUAAACAAUCGGAAGAUUUAAAUGAGUCAGAUGAUGAAGACAAUGAUAUCAAUGAUGUCUUUGGUAUUACUACAGUAAUUAAUUUAUCUAGUGGACAAAAUUAUCCUUGUAUACAACAACUUAGGGAUUUACUGAGACAAUUGGCAAAUGAACAUGCAACUGAUGCAGCAAAUACUAUGAUAAAAGAUGUUCUUGAAAAUGAUUCAGAAGCAUUAGGUUUAUUAAUUAAUGAAAGAUUUGUCAAUAUUCCAGCACAAAUAUCUGUGCCACUUUUAGAAAAUUUAAUCUCCGAGAUAAAAAGAGCAAAUAAUAAGAAAAUGCCAUUUAAUUUUUCAUAUUACAUAUUGAUAUGCAAACUCUACAAGACAGAAGACAAAAAGUUAGAAAAAAAAUUGAAACAUAAAAAGAAAGAUAAUACCGAAGAACCAGCUAUUCUAUGGAGCAAUCCAGAAGAAGAAAUUUUUGCAGAAGAAGCAACAAUAAGUUUUGAAUUUUCUGUUGAAAAAGAGUCAGAUAGUGGUUUGUCUGGAACAUGGACUGAAACUGAUGAUGAAAUGAUACCUUAUAGAAAAGUUCUUCUGUUUGAAGCUACCAAAUUGCAACCAAUUAUUGACAAAAUAAAAAAUCAUAUUUCUUAAUCAAUCUAAAAGACUAACAUUAAUUCAUAUUCCUAAAAAAAUCCUUCCUUUGAUGUAUUAAAGGAAGGUAUACGCUUUUCAAAGAUAAUUUCUUUGACGAUCUAUUGUAUAAUGAACUAUUGUAUCAUACAGUAUAUGUAAUCAGCUUUUUAUAUAUAAUACACCUUUUCAUACUGCUUACUGCAA